AUGGCGUCAGGUCUCGAUUCCUUGCUGCACCGGCCGCGUCCCAAGCGCACAGCAGACGCUGUGUCCGUCGUUUGCAUCUCUGACACGCACAACCACCAGCCUCGACUGCCCGACGGCGAUGUGCUCAUCCACGCCGGCGAUUUGACCCAGUCCGGUUCGUUCAUCGAGCUCGAGGAAACGCUGGCCUGGCUGCGCCGACAAACGCACGCGGUUAAGAUUGUCGUCGCCGGAAGCCAUGGUGUAUUGCUCGACGAAGCCAACAGAGGCCAGCGGGAGGAGGACGAACGGCAGCACCGCGCCCUCCACUGGGGCGACAUUGUGUAUCUCGAAAAUGACGAGACAACGGUGACCUGCCCCAACGGCCGGCGGCUGCGCGUAUACGGAAGCCCACUCUCGCCGCGUCACGGAAACUGGGCCUUCCAGUACCCCCGCGCGCAUGACGUAUGGGCUCAACGGACCCCUCCGAUUCCAGGCACCGAUGUUCUCAUCACACAUUCCCCACCACACGCCCAUCUUGACCGACAGCUCGGGUGUGUGCACCUCUUACGGACAAUCUGGCGCGUACGCCCACGGCUUCACGUCUUUGGCCAUGUGCAUGAUGGAGCGGGCACGGAGUGGGUGCAGUUUGAUGCGCUGCAGUCUGCGUACGAGAAGACAGUCCUGGAAAAUGGCUGCUUGCGCAACAUGCUCAAUCUGGGCCGGGUACUUGUCCAUUUUGUUUGGUUACGAAUCUGGCCCGCAUCGGAAACGACAAAGUGUUUGCUCGUAAACGCGGCCACAGUUGGCGGCUUACGGGAUGACACACUGCGACAGUCAAUUCAGGUUCUUCUAUGA